AUGAAUGUUGAAGUAGACACUUUGUUUACAAAGUUACCAAUUGAAGAACGAUGUGUGCAUAAAGUAAUAUUUUAUUCCUAUUGAUUUCUAUUAUUAAAUACUGAGAGUAAAUAUUUUAUUUGAAUGGUUGAUAAUAUAAAACUAAAUUACUGAUUUAUUUGUGUCUUAUUCUGUACAAGACUAUAUUUUUAAAACUAAUACCAUAUAUUCUUGGUUUAUCAUAAUUAUUUGUUUUAGUUAUGGAAGGCUAGAUUAAGUGGUUAUGAAGAAGCUAUUCAGUUAUUUGGACAGUUGGACAAAAAAUCGCAAGAUUGGAACAAAUAUAUAGGGAUAGUAAAAAAGUUUGUUAUUGAUAGUAAUGCUGUUGCACAGGAAAAAGGCCUCGAAGCCACAUUGGUAUUUGUGGAAAAUGCUGCUAUUGCUGGACGGUUGGUAAUUUUAAUAUUAGUUAAACCCAAUUUUGUUUAAUUGACAUUUUACCAACAGUGCGGUAGGAGAUAUCAUGACUGGGUUAAUAACAAAAUGUUAUGGUGCACCAAAAUCUAAAACUAGAGAUAUUGCAAUACAGAUUACAUUAAUGUUUAUUGAAAUUGAGAAACAAGAUAUAGUAAUAGAUGAAUUAAUUAAAGGAAUGGAUCAUAAAUUUCCUAAAAUUGUUACUACUUGUAUUAAAGCUGUUACUCAAUCAAUAAAGUAAAAAUGAAAUUCAAAUAAAUAAUUUAUUUUAAAGUUUAUAUAUUACGGUGAAAGACGUAAAUUAGUAAAUGAUAUAAUUUUCCGGUCAAUGACAUCAUUUACCAAAAUGAUUCAGUUAUAUAGGUAAAUGUAAAAAAAUGUGUUUUAAAUUCAAAUGUAUAUCUUUCACAACUAAAUGACAUCUUUUACCAAUUCUAUUGGUUGAUGAUGAUUAUAAUAGCUUUUUUAUAUAAAAAAAUAUUUUUUUAUUCUGAGCAUUCAAUCUGUAGAUUGGUGUACUAUAAAUGAUCUCUCCAAGAAUCUCUUGUGUAUGCCUUUUUGUUAAGUUGUUUGUAUGAACUAACUCUUGCAUUUUUAAUUACUUGACUUAUUUAAUUUUUUCUUGACCUUCUCCAUUGCUUCCCUUCUAUCAUAUAUUCCAGGAUAAUGUUAUGGAGUUGCUUAUUGUGCCUCAGGAUAUGACCUAUCAUGUGCCAUCGCCUUGACCUUAAAUUGCAUAACAAGGUUUUUUCUCUUUUACUAAUUCUAGCACUUCUUUGUUUGAAUUUAUUAAUGUCCAUCUUAUUUUUUCCAUUUUCCUCCAGCACCACAUUUCGAAGGCCUCUUAAGUUGUUUUUGUUGCAUUUAUAUUUAAUUUGAAUGUAAAAAAUAUGUCACUUAUUUCAGUAACUGGUUUUCAGAUUUUCUUUGAAUAUAGAGAGCAAAAUUAUAUCAUCGGCGAAUCUUAUCAUGUAUACUAGAAUUUCUCCUAUUACUACAACUAUCCUAUCUUUUAGUUUUAGUUUUAUUUCUUCUAUUGCUUGCUCAACGUAGAUAUUCAAUAAAGAAGGUGAUAGUGGGCAGUCUUGUAUCACUUCUUUUUUAUAUAUUAGCUGUUUUUACUAUAUAGAUCAACUAUUAACAUUCUCCAACAUAACUAGUAAUUGAUGUCAAUAACCGGGAAAUUACUACAAUUACAACAUUUACCAAUUUUUGGUAUUAUUAUUUAUUACAGAAACUUUGGAUCAAAAGUUUUAAAUAUUAAACCCAUAUUGAAAAAAUUGCAGCCAAUAUUAGAAGUUAAGGAUAAAAGUGUGAGAGAUGAAGCAAAAUUAUUGGUAUUAGAAUUGUAUUCUUGGAUUGGACCUGCAUCUGUUAAAGCUAACUUGGCCAAUUUAAAACCAUUACAAGUAUAAAUAUACAAUUAUAAUCCUAAUGGUUUAUUUAAAAGUUAAUAUUUACAUUAGAUUCAAGAAUUAGAUUCAGAAUAUGAAAAAAUAAUAGAUGAUAAACCACAAAUUAUACGUUAUUUACGUUCUCAACAAGAGCGAACCGCUAAAAUGGAAGAAGUGGUAACUGCUAAUAGAGGUAGACCUACAGAAUAAUUGUACUAAUAAAAUUAUAUUAAUCAAACAAUUUGAAUAAUAGAUGUGGUAUUGGAGGAUGUUUUUGAUGUAGUUGAUGAUCUUGAAGUACAUAUCGAUCCAGUCAACAUACUUUGUCAGUUGAAUAAGGACUUUUAUGAAAAACUUGAAUCAAAAAAAUGGCAAGAACGCAAAGAAGCAAUUGAUAUGCUUGAAGGAAUAUUAUCUAAAGCUCCAAAAUUAGAAAAUGGGGAAUAUGGAGACUUAGUGAGAGCUCUAAAGAAAGUAAGCCAUUAUAUUAUUAUUUUAUUAACCCUAAACGUGGUUUUUAAUAAUCUUUAUUUUAAAAAUUGAUAAGGUAAUUGUAAUAUAUUAUUAUUCAGGGUACUAUAUUUUUUUUUUCUGUAGAUAAUUACCAAAGAUACAAACGUAAUAAUAGUUGGUAUUGCUGCUAAAUGUAUUACAAUGUUAGCUAAUGGAUUAGAAAAACGAUUUGAAACUUAUGCAUCUUCUUGUAUGCCAGCAUUGUUAGAGAAAUUUAAAGAGAAGAAGACAAAUGUUGUUUUGCCAUUACGAGAUGCUGUUGAUGCUAUUUAUUUAAAUGUAAAUUAAAUAUUUAAUUAAUUAGGUAUCAUUUGAUUUAUACUAUUUGAAAUUUCUCCACAGAUGACAUUAGACUCUAUUCAUGAUGACAUUUUAACGGCAAUAAAUAAUAAAAAUCCAUCAGUAAAAGCUGAAUCGGUUUCAUUUUUAGCGCGAUGUUUUACCAAAUGUACACCUAAAAUGUUAAACAAACAUUUUUUGAAUAUUUUUACAACAGCAUUAAUUAAAACAUUAAAUGGAUCAGGUAAUUUUUUUAUAUCGAAUAAUGUUCCUUUAUAAGUAGAGCCUUCAUCUUGGAUAACUAGUACAUAUUGGUACUUUUUGUAAAACUUGUAAAGAAAUUAAGUUUAAAAAGACAAAAUAUAUUAAACAUUUAUAACUUACUGAACUAAUUAUAAUAUAAUUGAAGUUAAUACAUAUAUUAUAAAAAAGGUAUGAUGCAUAAAGUUGUUUAAUUUAUAUCCGAAUGUAACAAUAAAUCAAUGAUAACGAAAAAUGGUUUUGAGCAGAGUUUGAAUGUUUUUUAAAAGUUAUUUACGAUUUUCAUCAAAAUAUGAUACUUAAAUUUCUAUAAAAAAAUUCUACAUUCCACUCAAAUUUUUUUUUUCUAUUAAGUACAUCAUAUCAACAUAUGAAUCUCCUAUGUACAUUUUCAAGCAUUUCUGCUUAGUUUAACAAUUUUAACCACAGAUUACCUAGAUACCAAUUAAAAAUUGUAUAAAAAUGAGCUCUGAAAAUUAAUAAAUAGCCCAAAAAUGACUAAAAUUUUAUAGAAAAUGUAUAGAAAAUGCAAAUAUAAGUUUUCUGUAAAAAUUUCAAGUGUCUAGGAGUAUAUUUAACGGAAUUGUAACAAAACACAAAAUUGAAAAUAAUAUUAAUAAUAAAUUAUUUUCAUACAUUUUUCUGUUCCUUAUACCUUUUUUUUUUUUCGGUUUUGCUCAAUUAAAAGAACUACAUGGAAAAUUGAAAAAUUCACAUUCUUAAUCACCAACUAGAGUAACUAUGCAACAACAAAGACCUCUUGUCGUUUUUUUAUUGGAGCAAUAUUUUUGUUGGAAAACUUAAAUGACAAAAAUGGAAAAAUCAUUAAAUUGUUACACCGUAAAUAUGGGUCUGUUUAUCCCUAUAUUUUUUCCCGAUUUUGCUAAUUUGUGUGUAAAAUACCUUAAAAAUCUAAAAAUGACUUCUUCAAUCCAUCAACUAGAUCCAAAAUUCUACAGUAAAGCUCUUUUGCCAUUUAUUGAUUGAAUUACUAUUUUCUGUUAGAAAAGUUCUUAAAAAACAUACAAAAUAUAAUAAUAAUAAAUAUGCACACAUCAUUGUAAUACCAAUAUGAGCUUCAAUCAGAAUUUAAAAUUAUAUUGCACUGUAUUAAACUUAUUUUACUGGUUAAUAUUAAUUUUUAUUUUAAAGAUCCUAUUGUUCGAGAUAAUUCUGCCGAAGCUCUUGGUACUGCAUGGAAAGUUGUAUCAGAAAAAAAUAUUCUUCCAUUUUUGACUGGUAUUGAUGCAAUCAAACUUGCCAAAGUGAAUAGAAGAUAUAUAUUAUUAUAUUACUCUUUAAAUGAAUACCUAUACAAAUUAUUUAUAUUUCAGAUUAAAGAAGCAUCUGAAAAGGCUAUAAUUACUGUAAAGUUAACUACCAAACCAGAGAACAAUAUAUGUAAUAACGCAGAAAAAAAAGUAACAUCUGCCAUUAGUAAAAAUACUACUAAAAAAAAUCAAACUAUUGGCAAUAAUAAAACUAUUACUAAAAAUAAAGCUAAAAAACCUACAAAUAUACUUGGUAUAAAUAUUAAAUUAAACAAUUAAAAAAAGCUAAUGUUUAUUUAUACUUUUGUAAUUAGGUGGUCGCAAACAAUUAAAUGCACUCACUGAAAUUGAUAAUGAGAAAAAAAUUGAUGAUGAUGAGUUGGACGAAAUAGCUUUAACAUUUUGUUCUCCUGAAAUAAUAAAUGGCAUGACCGAUACAAAUUGGAAAACUCGUUUGACUAAUGUUCAAAAAUUUGCUCAGGUAUAUUAUUUUUUUUAUUUGUAUACAUGAUACUUAUUUUAAUUUUUAUCAUAACAGAUAAUUGAUCAAACAGAGACAUUACCAUUUAGUAGUCAGGUAUUAAUACAGUUACUAAACAAAAAACCUGGUAUUAAAGACAAUAAUAUUCAAAUUCAAAAGUUAAGACUGGAGUGUUUGAAAACAAUUAUUGAAAAGUUUCCUGUUUCAAAGUACCUAUUCAAAAUGUUAUAAUAACUAUUUUCUACUAAUAAAUUUGGUAUUUAUCUUUUUUAUUAUUAAAUAUUUUUAGCAGUAGUAUGAAUUGUUGUAUACAGGAUGUUUCUUCUUUAUUGGGUGAUAACAAAACCGGUAAUUUAGUUGGAGAAAUAUUAACUAUUUUUGCAGAAUCAACUAGAUUGGAUCUGGUCUCUACUUUAGUAUUAGAACAUGCAUUUACUGUGCAGAAAAAUCCCAAAGUUCAAAUUGAUACAUUAAAUUGGCUUUCUAGUGCCAUUCUGGAAUUUGGAUUUAUGUAAGUGCAUGGCUUAUUUUGUUUAUGUAAACAAAUUUAAUUAGAAAUUGCUGGAGAAUAAUUUAAAAUUUUUUAAUUUAUCUCAUUAGUAUAAUUCUUUCAAGGUUACAAAAAUGUUUUAUUUUAAUAAAUUAUUAUAUGUUUUAGUAUUGAACCUAAAUCAUUAAUGCAAAAUGUCAAAAAGGCUUUGGGUGCUUCAAACUUACAAGUCAGAAUGACUGUUAUUUCUCUUUUAGGUGUUAUUUACCUUUAUAUGGGACCUCAAUUAAGUUUGUUUUUUGAAAAUGAAAAACCAACAUUAGUGCAACAAAUAAAUACCGAAUUUGAAAAAGUAUGAAUAAUUUUAUAAAAAUGUAUAAAUGCUUUAAAUGUUUUUAUUAAAUAGCAUAAAGGUAAAGUUCCUCCAAAACCAAUACGUGGGAAGAAAAACAAAUCAUCUUCUGAAUUUUCAGAAUUCGUAAGUGAUGAUGAAAAACCAGUUUUUGAAGUCAAUAUAAGAGACAUUGUGCCCAGAGUAGACAUAACUCCUCAAAUAACUGAUGCUCUGAUUAAUGCAUUUUCUGAUAAAGAUUGGAAAGUUAGUAAAAAAUAAUUAGGUUUUAAAAUAUAUAAUUCUAUUUAAAUUAAUUUAUACUUAGAUUCGUUCUAAUGCUAUAACUAAAUUGCAUAACAUAAUCACUGAAGCUAAAUUUAUAACCCAUGAGUUGGGAGAAGUUAAAGAAGCUUUAAAAUACAGGUAUAAACUAAUAUUUCCUAAAUAUUUAAAAUGUAUUGAUUAAUUUUGAAAAUAAUAAUAAUAAUUACAUACCAGAAUAAAUGAUUCAAAUGCUCGUCUUGGUUCAAAUGUAAUCAAUUUAGUGGAAUUAUUAGCAAAAGCUAUGGGAUCAUCUUUUAAAAACUAUAUCAGAGUUUAUUUACCCGGUGUCCUAAAUUCAUUGGGAGAUUCAAAGGUAGUUUACUGCAUAAAUAAUUUAUAGAAUUAAUAUUUCAGUUUAUGUUCACAUUUUUUUAGACAUUUAAAUGUCAAAGUGCUCGUCAAUGUAUGAAUACUUGGGCUGAUAUAUGCGGUUAUCGUGAAUUUUUUGGAAGUGAUAUACUUUUGGUUGCACUUAAUCACAAUUCAGUAACAUUGAGAACAGAAUUAUGGACUUGGCUUGCAGAACAUUUACCACUUAGUAUGGUUUUAAUUAUUUACUAAUAAACUAAAAAAUUAUACUACAUAAUUAUGUUAUGUUUUUGUAUAAUGAAUUUAUGUAUAUAUAUAUAUAGUGCCUUUAAAGAUAAUACCAGCUGAUGAGUUAAAAUGUUUGCUACCAGCUCUUUAUGUAAGUCUUGAAGACAGAAAUUCUAGUGUUCGUAUUGCUUCUGAAAAAGCUGUACUCGGAUUUAUGAUACAUUUAGGUUAUGCCACUAUGUAUGGAGCUUGUGAAAAGCUAAAAGUAUAAUUUCAAUGUGUUAAUAUUUUAUUUACCUAUUUAGUAUUUAUUUUAAAGUUGAUUAAUGUAAUUUUUAUACCUAGCCUAUGUCGGUGAAGAUUUGUAGAGAUAAAUUGGAUAGAGAAAGACCAAAUUUACCAAUUGUUGAACCAAUAGAAAAACUUAAUAUUAAAUCUACAAUUAUUGCCGACCCUUCGGUUAAAUCAAAGGGAUCAAAGAUGAAUCCUAAAAUGUCUGCUAAAGUAAAUAAGGUAAUAAAUGAUUAUUUAUUUAUUUAUGUUUAUUUUUUUGGUAUAUAUGUGUAUAUAAUAAGCUAAUACUUGAGAUAUUGUUAUAAUCAAGGAAAAUGUCAAUCAUCGUAUAAAUGCAAGUACUGCUAAAAAGAAUGAAGAAGUAGACAAUGGAAUACUAUUCCAACAAAAUAAUUUGAAGCAUCAACGUGAUAUAGAUGAACAUAAAUUAAAGGUAUUUUUAAAUAGUUUAACAAAUUAAGACAAUUAAAUACUGUUCUUUACUAAUUGAUUGUAAUUGCUAGAUACAAAGACAUCAAUUUUUUCUGGGUAAUAUUUUUUAUACCACAUUCCCAUUUACACUAAACAAAUUUAAAUCAUCCAAAUAUACAAUACAAAGAGUCCAUGUAUUAAAUUUGUUUUUAUAAAUUAUUAUUUGUUUCUAUUUUUAAAGUGAUUUGUAUAUGAGUUAUUUAUUUCAAUUAAUUCAUCAAAACUUAAAAGAUAUAAUAUAUAAAUUUCAUUAUUUUAUUUAAAAUUUAAAGAGCAAACAAAUUUUAUGUGCAGACAAUUUCCCCUAAUUCUGUAUCUAUAUUAAUAAUUUUUACAUUUUUACAUAAAUUAUUAUAAAAUAUGUCAUUUUAUAUUCUGUAGACUUUAAAAUGGAACUUUACUACUCCCCGUGAUGAAUUUGUUGAACAACUUCGAGAUCAAAUGAUAAAUGCUGGAAUUAAUAAAGUACUAAUUAAAUACAUGUUUGAUUCAGAUUUCAUAUAUCAUCUUAAAGCAAUUUAUAUUCUUUCAGAGGUAGGUUUGGAAUAAAUAUCAUUAAAUAUAUUUUUGAUUUAUAAUACUAAAUGUAUCUAAUAUUUACUUAUACAAUUUUUAACUAGGACCUAAAUACAAAAAGUGAAAAUCAUUUAGCAUUAAUUAAUAAUCUUGAUUUAAUAUUGAAAUGGAUGACUUUAAGAUUUUUUGAUACUAAUCCAUCAGUACUUUUAAAAGGUCUUGAUUAUUUACAACACGUAUUUGAUAUUCUUAUUGCCAAAAAAUAUAUUCUCCAUGAUACUGAAGUACAAAGUUUUGUACCAUAUUUAGUAAUAAAAGUAAGUAAAAAUAAUUUUUGAAAAAUACAUUUUAUAUAAUGUUAAUUUAAUUUAUAUUAUAGUUGGGUGAUCCAAAAGAUGCAGUGAGAAGUAAUGUUCGAGCUAUUUUAAAACAAAUAGCUUUUGUAUUUCCGUGUACAAAAUUGUUUCAGUACAUUAUGGAUGGGCUUAAAUCUAAGAACUCUAGACAGCGCUCAGGUUAUUUAUUGGUUAAUUAGUAUUUUUGACUUUAAAUAUAAUUCAAAAUAUAAUUUAUUUAAUUUAAGAAAUAAUGAUUUAGAAUUGAACUUAAACCAACAAAUCUAUAAACAAUAAUUACUGUUAAACAACUUAGUUACACAAAAAAUAAUUAUAGUUUCAACACUGUCUAAUUAAUUAUUAAUUACGUUAGUAUUUACAAUAGAAUAAUUUCUAUUCAAAUUGACAUAAAAAUAGGUAUUCUAAAUAAUUUAACAUCAAGGUUACCAUUUAAUAUUGAAAGUUCAACCUAUUUUAAUUAAAACUGGAAGAAAGUAAAUACAUGAUAAAAAUUUUUAAUUAAUUUAUAAAAAUCAAAUGGUUAAAAAAUGAUUAACUAGGACAAAUAUGACUAGGCAUUAUUUUUAAUUUGCUUUAUUAUUAACAAUUUGUUUUAUUUCUUCUAUAGAAUGUUUGGAACAUUUAACAUCAAUGAUAGAGAACUAUGGUACAUCAAUUUGUCAGCCAUCUAUUACAGUUGCAUUGAAAGAAAUUUCAAAAAGUAUUGGCGAUAGAGAUAAUUCUGUCCGUAUGUCAGCACUUAAUUUUUUUGUUGCUGUAUACUUGUUACAUGGAGAAGCCCUUUUUAAAAUGAUUGGCAAUGUAAGAAUCAUUUUUCUUUUAUACAAGUUAUAUUUUAUAGAAUGCUAGUAUUAAAUAUUAAUUUGUUCAUUAAUUAGUAUCUUUAAUUUCUAAAACAAGUACACUGCAUAAUUUGUUAAAAGUUGUUUUUUUUUUUAAUCAUUAUGAUUAAUGUAUUUAAAGCAUAAAUCAAUUUAUUUUUGUCAAAAAUGUCCAAGUUUUUAAAAAAUAUAAGUCAAAUAUUACAUAUAUUUAUAUUCUGAAAAUGGGAAAAAAUAAGAAAAUUUGCUAUUAUUUUUAUUUACUUUUGAUGUUGUUAUUUAGACAGAAAUAAUCAUAUAAACCUCAAUUUUUAGAAAAUACUUAUAAUAACCUUUUCUAGACGUAAUACAAUUUUCAUAUCACUUUAAUGGUGUUUUAGCACUUUGUAUCAUUGACAUGACUUUACAUUUUCAUCAUAAAAAUUAUGGCAUUUCAAAUUAUAUUUAAAAACUUAGAAUUGUUUUGUUUUGUUAUUAUGAGUAAUGAUUUAUUGUUGCCUACAAAUAGAAAUUAUAAUAUUGUCUUCUACCUUCUCAGUUUCCCAACUAUAACAGUGGUAAAUCUAUCAACAGUAUUGAUCGGCUGUCCUAUUUUUAUAUUUUUUUGUAUUAUCUAAAGAUCUGAAAUGUUCACAGAAUUUCAUUUUUGCAUUUUUAUAUUAAACUAUUAUUUUUAAACAGAUAUCUGAAAAAGAUAUGGGCCUUUUAAAAGAACGACUGAAAAGAGCUUUAAAAAAUCAAUCUGUGCCAGUUUCUACUUCUCUGCCAACUACUAAAAUUGCUUUACCUCCUGUUCAACAAGUACCUAAUACAGAAGAAACUAUAGAUAAUGAUAACUCAGAUGAUGAACAGUAUAAUGCUACAUAUCAUGUGUCAAAUCAUGAGCAGAAUUUAGAAAUAGAUUCCAAUAAUUCACCUUUUAGAUUAUCAAGUAUUUCAGAUCAAGCAGAAAGCACUUCUACUACUGCACGACAUUCGUCUUCAUUUGAAAUGGGACUCAGGUAAAAAUAUAUUUAGUUAACUUUCAAUGGGGAUCUUAAGAUUAAUAUGAAUACAGUAUACUAUUAUUAGAAAAGUUUUUUUUUUUCAAAUGGGGCUUAUUUAUUUGACAGUACAAGGGUCAAUGGUAUUAUAAUACUGUUUGUGUGUUUGAAUUUGGGUCAGCAAUCGUUUCUUUUCCUGAGCAGUUAAUUAUGAUGAGUAAAAAGUAUUUAGUCAAUGUACAUUGUUAAGUAUAUGACAAAAUGUAAUUUCUGAUAAUUUAAAACAAAAUAUUUAUAUUACUCGUCUGAGAGACUAAAAGUGUGUAAUUAAAAUCUAAAUAAAUUAUUUUUUAACAUGUAUAUAACUAUAUUUUCUCUAAGACUAAUUGUCACUGUUAUAUUAGUUAUGUACUACUGGUGUACUACUAUGCAAACAUAUUUCAGGUUAUAUUUAAUAAUGAUUAUAAAUUAUUACUUUUUAUUAAUUUAAAUUUUGCAUUUUAAUGUUGUAUGAUAUAAAGAAAUAUAAUUGAUAAACCUCAAAGGACACGUUUCUCCCUGGAUGAAAAAUUACUUCAGGAAUUGGAUGAUGAAGUGAUCACAAAACCAGUACUAAUAUUAAAACCAUACAAUUGGGACUCUGAUCUUGAGAAAAAAAGAACUCCCGAGAAAUCUAAGUAUGCUUAUUAUUAUACAACUACAUAUAUUAUGAAUUUUAAUAUUUGUGUAUUAUAUUUUGUUUUUAGCAUUUUUUCUAAUAAUAUUCUGUCAUCCAAACCAUGUUUAAAUGUAAGCCCAUUCACCAGAACUAUGACAAUUAUAAAAAACCCUAGAACUCAACUAUACCCUGUUGAUCAUAUUCAGCAGUUUGAACCUAUUCAGACAAUAAUAAAACACGUAUCAUCACAGAAUAUAAAAACUUUAAAAUUGGCAACAAUAACUGUUAUUAAUAUGCUGUUAACGCCUCAAGUAAGAUAUAUUUUGAGUUAGCAACAACAUGAUCAAUUACUAUUGGGACAAAUAAAUAUAUUAAUUUAAACAAUUGUAUUAUUCAUUUUAGAUGAGAUCACAAUUAUUUGAAGAUGAUAAACUUGUAUCAUUAUUUCAUGCUAUCAAUGAACAGUUUAAUAUCCUUUGUGUAUCUUAUCACAGUAUUACUGAUUUUUUGCAAAGAGCCAAAAUAAUAUUCGGUUUAUGUUUAAAUGUAAGUACCUCUAAGUUGUAAAGUAGUCAAUUUCAAAUUGAGAUUCACGUUUCAAUUUGGAUUUUAUGAUAUUUUGAUAGACACGGAUGUACUGAUUUAAAAAUGUAUACAUUUCAUAAAAAAAUUUUUUAGAGCUUACUUCUUCUCUCUAUUUAUAGAAUAUAGAAAAACCAUUAAAACACUAAAAAAUAAAACAUCUUGUUAAUGCAGUUACAAACUGGUCAAAAUAAAAUGUUCUACUAAAACUUUUACAAAUGAAAAUGACUAAUUUUUUUAUAUCCAAUACAAAUAUAUGAUUUCAUAUUAUUAACAAUAUUUAUAAAUUUUUAAGUUGUUUAAGUAUCAAGAAAUCAAAUUAUUAUUGAAUGAAGAUAUUAUGAGUAACUUAGUUUCGAAACUUAUACUUCUUCUAAGCAUGAAUAAACAAAAGAACACUGUUGAUACAAUCAAUUUUGAACGAUGUGUAAACAAUGUACUUAUGAAUAUUUUAGAUCCUCCUACUCCUCCUACUCAACUCAUAUGGUAAGCAUUUUUCUCUCUUAUAAAACAAAAUACUAAAACUUAUAAUUUAUCCACAGCGCUCUUUUGAGUUUGCUCUAUAGUACAGUUAAGUAUCCGCAUAACAAUACAACACAUUAUAAAGAAUUGGUAAUGAAAUGCAUAUGGAAAAUAAUAAAAGAUUUUCAUAAGUGGGAUACUAAUGAAAUACAUUUGGAUAUUGUUCUUACAAGGAUAUACAAAUUCUUGAAAGUAACAAAAUCUAUAUAUACAUAAAAUUAAUUUUUUUAAUGUUUAAUAUGAAUUUAUGUUUUUAGGAAUUUGAUUUUAAAUAUUGGAAAAAUCAACCUUGUAACAAUCCUUUAAAAACGUAUAAGACUGUAUUGUAUACUGUAGUAAAAGCACACAGUGACAAAGUGUUGGAGUGUUUAGCUCAUUCUGAAUACUCUGAAAAUUCAGACAUGGUUGUGUACAUACACCAACUUUUAAAGGUAAAAAUUAUGAAUAAAUAUACAAUAAUUUACUUUUGACAAAUAAUUAUAAUUUACAUUUUAGCAUUUGAAUAGUCAAUGCACCAACACUCAAUCAACUAUCAAAUAACCCGUGCCCACAAUUAAUCUUCAUCUACAUAAUUAAAUUUAAUAUUAUUUUUAAAUCAGUUUUCUUAUGUGG